AUGCCGCCCAUCCGGUGGUGUCAUGGCGGCGAUGUCAUUGAAGCAAUCUGCCAAUCUGCCAAUCUGCCCGAAACGGCGCGGGCCGGUUUCCAUGGUGGGACUCGGGCCCCUGGGUCGGGUCCGGAGAUGAGCAAAUCAACCAGAAAGAACCCGGUUGAUGGUGGUAUGGUAGCAGGGCUGCUAGGCGGUGGGCUGCAGGCGGCUAGUGAGAUGGAAGCGGGGCAACCGCUGUCAGUGUGGCCGCAGGGAUGUGCCAGCCUUGGGUCUGGCGAGGGGAGGGGCUCCACAUCCGGCACCCACCGCUGCCGGAUGGGGUGCUGCCUCAAGGCGCAGCAGUUGCUAGACCCCGUGCAGGGCUUGAACCUCUCCGAAUCCGACCGGAAUCCGUCUAAAGCAUCCUUGUUCCAAAGCCAGUUUAGGCUGCCGUCAUCUCAACACCCUCUCUAUGAGAUAACGGCCGAGCUCACCAUCCCGCCCGCGAAUGCGACACAAGGCGACCGAGACCGGGACCGGGGCCAUCAGUACGCCGGCAAGCUCCAUCUCUCCGAAGCCUUCCUCUGCUUCUCCACCACACCUUUGCACUCUCAAUAUCGACUUGGAAUGGUCUAUUGCCAGGAUGCCGCUAAGGAGAAGGAUAAGAAGGAGCUCAGGGAACAACGCGUGACGCUGCAGCUUGCCGGCAAUCGACAAGCCUGCGAACGUUUCUGCGAUGGGCUCAAGAAAGGGCUGCGAGCAAAUGUCGGCAUGGUGGCCAAGCUGAAGAAGGUCACGGCCGAAUGCUACUCCGAAUACCUCCUCCGACCGGAAGACAAGAAGAAUGCGGCCCCUCCCGAUGCUGGCCUGGGCAUGCUCUUUAAAUACCCCGGUGACCCCAAGAAGCUGCGCGACAGAGCGAAGAUGAGGUUAUGGGCCGAAUAUCUUAGGGACAACGGUCGGAACACGACCUUGAUUCGCCAGCCUACGUUUCACAAACUCAUCCGAGUAGGGUUGCCCAACAGGCUAAGAGGCGAGAUGUGGGAGUUGACGUCCGGUUCUAUCUACCUCCGGCUGGAGAGUCCAACUCUCUACGCCGACACCCUAGCCAAGUUUUCCGGCCAGGAGUCGUUGGCAAUUGACGAGAUCGAAAAAGAUCUCAACCGCAGCUUGCCCGAGUAUCCGGGCUUCCAGAGUGAGGAGGGUAUUGGCCGCCUCCGCCGGGUUCUCACCGCCUACAGCUGGGUGAACGCCGACGUCGGCUACUGCCAGGCUAUGAACAUCGUCGUUGCCGCACUCCUCAUUUACAUGUCAGAGGCCCAGGCCUUCUUCCUUCUUUCGGCUUUGUGUGACCGCCUGGUACCCGGGUACUACUCGACAACCAUGUACGGCACGCUGCUCGAUCAAAAGGUGUUUGAAUCUCUGGUGGAGAAGACGAUGCCGAUAUUAUGGGAGCAUCUCGUCAAGAGUGAUGUCCAGCUUUCCGUCGUCUCCCUUCCCUGGUUCUUAUCACUUUACAUCAACUCGAUGCCGCUGGUGUUCGCAUUUCGAGUGCUUGACGUUUUCUUCGUCGAGGGUCCCAAAGUAUUAUUCCAAGUCGGCCUGGCCAUCCUCAGAAUCAACGGGGAGGAGCUGUUGGACGCAACAGACGACGGCGCUUUCAUCUCGGUGCUCAAGUCCUACUUUGCGCGCCUAGACGAGUCUGCGCACCCCAAGUCGGAGAACCCGAAACUCAGGGCCGUUACCAAAUUUCAGGAGCUCAUGGUCGUCGCGUUCAAGGAGUUUUCUGGCAUCACUCACAGCAGCAUUGCAGAACUUCGCCUGAAGAAUAAGGAUGCCGUCCUGAGCAAUAUCGAGAACUUCGCCAAGCGCACAGCCAUCAGGAACCUUGGGCCGGAUAGUAAACUGCUCAGCAACGAUGAACUAGGCGCAUUGUAUGAUCGGUUCUAUACAGUUUUGUACGAGAGGCAACAGCGCGAUCAUAUCAUCAAGCAGGAACAGGCGAGGCGAAACAAAAACAGUCGGUCACGGAUUGCGGAAGCUGCCAGCGAAGGUGAUAGCGUCGAGAAAGGGCGCGUUGGUUUGGGCCCGAGCACUAGCCUCAUGGACUAUGACGCAUUUCGCGAAUUCCUUGCCGGCAUGUGCAAGUGGGCCAUCUCAGAUGCGCCUUCGACACCCCAACGGGACGCAUUUGCGGAAAAGGACAAGGGUUUCUAUGGCAGCUUCAGACGGGCCGAUACGAUGUUGUCGCCGUGGGGAGCCGGCCCAGAGCCAGCGGAGCAUGAAUUCCUCCAGAGGUUGUUCCAAAAGUGGGAUACCGACUCGUCCUCGGCCCUCACCCUGCAGAAAGUUGUGUCCGGCCUCGCAGGCAUCAAGGGGAAGCGUGACAUUAUGGGGGCCAUAAAUUACUUUUUUGAACUCCACGACGAUAACGGCGACGGCAAGGUUGACCGGGAAGGGAUACUGCGCAUGUCGGAAGCUUUACUUUUCCUCUCCCGUCGUGGACUGGAGGGCGCAUUGAGCCCGUCCAAUUCGAGCGUAGCGCUAGGCGGAGAGGGCGCGAAUGGUACCCAGGGCGAUGUCCAACCGGUGAGCGAACGAUUCCUCGGCAGCGUCAGCGCGUUCAUAAGGAGAUGCUUUGAGUACGCCGAUCCGGAUCACCCGAAGAACCAAGAUCAUUCGGUGCGGGAAGUUCGAAAGAAAUCCGAAUCAACACUACUCGACGAGCCGGCGAGCGAAGAGCUAGCAAACCCCGACGCAUUCGCCAUUGGCGAUGACGAUGACGAUGAGGAGGACGAGGAUGAUGAAGAUGACCUCCUCGCGAUGGACUCGCCAACUGGCAGCCCGAAAGCAGCAGCUAAGAAGUUCGGAAACUCGCCACCUACUCUCCAGCUCAACUCGACGGAAUUGACCCCCGGCGCCGACGUCGACACACGCCGCCGCGUCUCCAAAGCUCAAUCCGAAAAGGCCAACAUUGCCCUCGACCCAUCCAACCCCUUACACAUCACCCUCCCCACCUUCCGCAUGGUCGUCCUCGCCGACGAACUCCUCGAGCAAUUCUUCGAAACCUCCUUCCCCGCCUCCUUCCACAUCAUCGAGGGCCUCACCACCACCCCCACAAGCGCGUCAUCCCUAACCACCUUCUCCAGCCUCGGCAUCGGCGCCGGCCGCGCCGUCAACGCGGCGCUCGGCACCGGACAGGGCGCGCCAGGAGGAGGGCCUGCGGGCGGCGCCGGCCGCGGCCUGCGCGGCGUGCUCGACAACAUUGUCACGGACGGCAUGCGCGUCGCGGCCGAGGUCCGCCGCCGCAUGGAGGAGGCCCAGAAGGAGCUCGAGAAGAACGCCCUGCCGGAGUCGCAGCAGCAGCGGGGCGUUGGCGGUGAUGAUGAGGAGGAGGAUGAGGAUGAGGAUGCCGGGUUUGAUCGGGCGUCGACGAAGAGUGGGAAGGGGGGCGCCGCGUACAGAGGGGAUGCGGAGCGUCGGAGUGUGAGGAGCUCAGAUCGGGAUCUGUUGACGGGGGCUGAUGCGGAGGCGAGUGAUGUCGCGUUGGCGGGGGUGGGGGAUGGUGAUGGUGGUGGGGAGGGGGGUGCGGGGAGAGGGGGCGGGUUCGUUCGAGUGCGAAUACCGCUGGAGGAGGAGGAGGAGGGGGAAACAGGGAAGGGUUGUGGGGCGUUGAAUUUGACGGGUAGAAACCGUAGCCCGUUGAAGGCCGGCACUGUUGGAGGUGGGUGUGGCCAGGGAUGGGGGUGA